AUGCCGUACGAGAGUUUCAAGAGUUCCCAGCACGUAGCCAUUCGGGGCCUCGUGCAGGACCGCAAGACCGGUACUUGGCGGUAUUUACUGCACGUCACACGUCGCAUGCAAGAGACCGACGCCGGCCCGAGUGCCAAUGUGCUCGCCAGUCGUUCCAAGAAGAAAAGUAUCCACGAGCCCAAAGCCGACAUGGCGGCCUCUCGGCCGUGCACAACGCAGUCGUACGCCAUCCGUCGGAGCUUCGACGACUUCAAGCGCCUCUACGAAGCGGUGGCGCCCGUCAUGAUGCAGAGCGGCGCGGCGCACGUGCCCAAGAUGCCGAACGACAGUCUCCUCACGUUUUUCGUGGGCGAGACGCAGACGGCGCUGCAGAAGAAGCGACUGGCGCUCGAGCGCGUGUUGGCGGCCAUUGAAGCGCACCCAGCAGCGUGCGACGCGCCCGCGUACGCAGAGUUUGUGGCGAACCUGAACUCGUACGACCAGGUGGCCAAGGCCCCGCUGUCGCCCAGCAUGAGCUCCCGAAGUAGCUACAGUUUCAGUGAGGACGGGACCGUGACGCCUCGCGAGUUCGGGCCGUCGAGCGUGUUGACGACGUCGCGGUCGGCGAAUGCGCUGCGACGAGCGUAUUCGCAGCAGGACGGGGACGCGGCCGAGAACCACGUGGCGUUUUCCCACUUUAGUAUGAUUUAA